AUGCUGGUGCUGGCGCUGCUCCUUACGCUGUGCGCGGCCGCCCGCGCCAGGAACUUCAACAUCACAUACCUCCAUGUGCCUCAGGUUGUACCUGCACACCAGAAGGAGAUCGAAAUCGAAUGUCGAUACGAUGCUAACUUUACUCUACUCAGCUGGUUCAAAGGAUCUCACGAAUUCUUCAGAUAUCGUCCUGGCACCACACCUAGCACUCGUUCUUUCCCCAUCCUCGGGGUGGGAACGAUAGAAAUGCUGGCCUGCGGUCCUUCCUAUUGCCACCUGAAGCUGGGAUCUUUGACUACGGAGGCGAGCGGCUUGUACAGGUGCGACAUUGAGAGAGACGUGCCUCCAUACAAGUUUGCUACCAAAACGGCUCAUAUGGAGGUUCAUGGUGAAGGUCAUCGGAGGCCGUUACUGGAAGGUUUGGCUGAGGAGUACAGAGAUGGAGACAUGAUACAGGCGUACUGUCGUGCGUCUCCGGACUCGGAAAUCCGCUGGUACAUAAACGGGAAUGAAGUGGAAGAAAUGCGAGGAUCUGUGAAUUUAAAGAAGAAGAGUUCUCGGUAUAUUUUCAUGGGUGUUCCGCCGAAGAUAUCAGUGCAGUGCGCGGAGUUUAGACAGGAGAGGGUGUACGGUUCGAAAGAGCACAAAGCUUCGUGGAGUGAGAUCGGGCAGAUGAGCCAAGAACCACCUAAAGCGAGAAAUAAUUCGAAUGUAACCAACGGCCAUUUAGGAUUACUGAGCGUAAUAUUAGAUAUAUUUAUUGGAUAUAUCGUUUUAUGCGUAGCGUUAUAA